AUGACCCCUCCACUUGACAAUAUACUCGCUAUUAUGGGAAUUGUGAUAAAGGAAUACAUAAAAGAUGGGAGAACUCACAUCAAUCUUUUACUCCCAGCAGUUGAAGUAAUAGUUAUAUCCAGUGUAAAGGUUGUGGAGGAACUGAAACAUUACACCCCAUACAUAGCACCUAUUGAGAAUAUUGUAGAACACGGAGAAAGUAAGGAGUUAUUAGGAAAGCCAACUAUUAACCACGAAUGCUUAAUAAAAUGUGAAAAUAACUGCGGAGAGUUUGAGGAACAACUUACCGAAGCCAAGAAGGAGGGACAAGAACUUACGGAUGAAGGCAAAGAAUAUUAUGAGGAGUUAAAAAAACUAGUCCAUGGAAAAAGUAGCAGUGUCAGUUCUACCCCAAGCAGUAGUGGCGUUCCUCCAAGCAGUCCAUUCCCUGCCACUUCUAGCACUAGUCCAUUAAAAACAGCAGAAACAAAAAAGAAGCAGUUAAAGGCAGAAAUAGCCAACUUGGAAGCCACUAACAACAAAACUCCGACCCAAGAAACUCAAUUAACCAACAAAAAACAGGAAUUAAAAGGGGUUGAGGAAUUAGAAACAGUUAUCAAAUACUUCCUAGAAAAUAGUAUCAAAAAGAUAAAUAUUGAGGGCGAAAAAUUAGUAAUUGAAUAUAGCAACGGGACUAAAAAGACUGUGGCGAUUGACAAUAACCAACUAAAAACUGUUCGGGAUAGGAUGAAAAAAGUUAAUAAAAAAUCCCUCUUGGCUUCGGAAUUAGGACUUGAUUAUGGUGCUAAAAAUAAUCCUUCAUCUAAUAAUUCCUCUAAUCAGACUAAUACUGAUAAAAAGUGGUGA